AUGGCGUAUCGUAGACGUUAUCACAUCGUCAGAUUCACUGACGAAAAUGGGGAGACAAAGGAAGAAAUACUCACAAUUCAUUCACCGUCCUCUCAUCAGGAGGAUCUGAACGACUCAGGUAUCGAAAAUCGUACAACCGAUUCGCACUCCCCAUCUACAUCGUUGGAUUUCUCGCCAAGAAGUGACUCCAAGCUUACGUCUGAUCCGAUCUCACCAAAACCCACCACUUACACAACGGAGGCCUCAGUGCAUCGUGCUGAACAACCGCCUGACUACGCUCCACCACCACCACCGCCAACAGCACCGUCGGAAUCGCUCGAUCAGGUAGUGAUUCCUCUAAGCGUCUCACGAUCAGUCACGGCGAUCCCGUCGAAGCCAGACGACGACGAGUAUCCGCCUCCACCACUCCAUCUUCGAAGGCAUCAGUUCGGUGGUGAUCGAAGUGUCCAGGUGAGCUAUUUCAAUCUGUUACUCUCUGAAGUGAUUCCAACCCUCCUCUGUGACGAGAGGCAACCAGAGGAGGGAUGA